UCGAAGCAGUCAGACGCAUUUUCCAGUAGUUCUCUCGUUUGGUGACGUUCUUGUGUGAUCCAUUGGCAGUGAAAUAAACUCUCGUUUUUUGUGACAAUUUCGAAUCAAAGUUUCGUAUUGAGGUGAAGUGUUAUAUAAAAAAAAGAAAAAAUAUGGCCAUCGCAUUCUACAUACCGGCAAUCGAUGACGAAAUCGAAAAACAACACCAACAGCAAAUGCAGCAACUGUUGCUACAGCAACAUACGGCCAACUUGCAGCUACCGCAAACGCCUACUACUCCAACCAGUCCCGGGUCAAUCCCGCCAACUCCUCCGAUGAGUCCGACGAUGACCCAAGUCAGCAUUCAUCACAAUCGUUAUCACUUGGUGCAAGCUUUCCACGAAAUGCUUUUCCGACAUACUCAAGAAAAUAACCCAACAAGAUCCCGCUGUUUGCUGUGCAAUAAGCUCUAUUACUUACUCCGAAAAGUAUACUGAAGUGCCACAAUCGAGGUGCUUUCGGACAAUAAUUUAGAAAGAAAAAGCAGCUACAAACAAUUGUUUACAUAUUGUUCACUCGAGCUCCGGAAAAAUAACGUGAAACUUAUUUGUUCCGGACGCGCACAAAACCCGUGCCCGUGGUCAGUAUAGUAACUGACUGUGGUGACUCCGUACCACAAUUCCGCGUUUUUACCGAAGGUGGCCACGUUCGGGAAAUGACGAUUCUGUGUCAGGAAUCAUCAGAUCGGUCCUUGAGAACGAUGGCCUGUGGAAAAAAAAGGCGCAACAUUUUCUGUUGACUUUGAAAGUUGGCGACGUUCAGUGUAUUAUAGUGAUGUUUUUAGUUAAACAAUAAUAGUGAUAGGUCUAUUGU